AUGUCUUUCACGGUGUUCCCCGAGCUUCCUUCAGAUCACUUGGACAAGCCAACCGCCCACUUCGCUGAGUUCCUGGCAUACCCCGUCAUAGAUAAGCCACUUCGGCUUAAAGUCACUUCGAACGAAGGCCUCAACGUACCUCCGAACCCGCUGGGGACAUAUACAAUAUUGAUGGAAACCUGUGACGUCUCAGAAGCAAGAACGAGGGAGAUGAGAAGGCAGUGGCAGGCUAGCAAAUCCAAGUCUUUCGAUUAUAUGGAUUUCAACAAGAUCGGUAACUUCAAUGAUAUGCACUUCAGUGCCAAACCCAACACGUGGGCAGGAAAAACGAGAGAGACAAUUGAUGCCUCGAACGACCUUUUAAUCAUCUGCAGACUUUACGACUCCACCGCGCAGGGAACAUUCCCCUCAAUCAAGUUUAUAGGCGCUUUUUGGGAAACCGACCAUGUACUCCCCGCGUCUCGGCGUUUACCCCUACAAGCCAUCGAUCCUGGAGAUCCUUUUGAACAUCCGAACGAUCUUCUACGACGAUUUCCCCGACUUCGAGUUCUGUACAUCAUCGUCAAGCCUCAAGACCUCAUCAUCGAGCCAAAAAGGGUCACCUUUACGACGAACUACUAUAGGGAUUACAUACAAACUGAAAAUCAAGUCCCUCCCAAGACAUUCAAUGCGCGACAGAGAAUCUACUACGAAGUGCCCCGAGCAAUCGUCAAAAUGUACGCAAAGAGAGUGGAAGGAAUCUACUCAAAGAUGAAGGAGGCUUCUAUUGCGAUGCGAACGGGCAGAGAUUUGCCCCCGCUUGUUAUCCGGGUCAUGACGUGGAAAAAUGCUCCAGGAGUUCGAGGGCGCUUCGAUCGCGACUAA